AUGGCCGCCGCCGCCGCCGACGUGGAGCUGCUGCUCGUGCGCAUCGACCGCUUCCAGGACCGCACUAAGUACGUCUCCGUGCUGCGCGCGUGGCUGCGCGAGCUCGAGAUCGCGCACGGGCGUCUGAUCCGCAUGGGCGCCGACCUGCAGCUGCUGUUUGUCGCGGCGUCGGCGUCGCAGAACGCGCAGCUGCGGCAGUGGUACCGCACGCGGCCCAUUGACACGAACUGCCGCGGCGAGCAGUGCGUGGACAGGUUCGUGGACGUGUUGGGGACGAAGACGGUGCAGCGCUGCAGCUGCAGGGGCUUUGUCGAGAUGGAAGUGCUGAGCCCGACGUUGCUGCAAAAGGUGCUGGUGCACGAGUGGCAGGCAGAGCAGGAGUGGCUGGACACGGCGCUGGCGACCACGCGGACGAAGGCGUUUCUCGCGUGGAAAGAGGCCGCAAAAGCUGCGCGUCAACAGCGGAGGAAGAAGGAGAGACAGGAGAAGGAGGACGCGCGCGCGCGGAAGCGAGCAAAGAGAGCGCAGGAGGGGCCUGACGAACGGGACGGGCACGAGGAGGCAGAGGUCGGUGGGGAAGUAGCUGCGCGAGACGCAUCGGUUGAGGUGGACGAGGACAGUACGCGGCAGACAGCAGUAGCCGCACCGAAGCAAGAGGAGGUCGAGCAAGAGGAAGUCCAGCAGCCGUCGAAGAAGGCGGCGAGGCCGAAGAACAAGAAGGCAAAGCAGCAGCCAAAGGAUGGACCCAUUGACGACGAUCGCAGGUGA